CACUCACACUUCCACUUCCACUUUAACCUUCUUCGCUUCCCUCAAAUUUCUAAAAAUGAGUAUUUGAUCCCUAUAUUAAAAAAAGUAAAGAGGCUAUUUUCAAUAGCAUGUCGACUUAAAAGAACUAAAGUUGCUCAUAAAAUACUGGAGUAGCUAUUUUGAAACUACAACAAAAGAUAAAUACUACCAUUUCUCUCUCUCUCACAUUUCACCCCCCACCCCCCCUGCCACCCCAAAGUCCUUUCCUCAAUCUUAUCAAAACCCACACUCACACUUCCUCUCUAACUUCUUCAUUUCUCCUUCCUCCCCCAAAACCCUAAAAAUGGAACAUCCAUUCUUCAUAAAUGGCCCACCAACAAACCGAUCUGAAGCUUUACGUUGGCUAUCAAUCGCCGAGAAACUUCUCACUAAUCGUGACCUCGUUGGUAGCAAGUCCUUCGCAACGCGCGCUCGGGAAUCUGAUCCCUCGUUAGCUCAUCCCAUAGACCAAAUACUCUCAAUCGUUGAUACGUUAACAGCUGGAGACAAGCGCAUCAACAAUCAUCACUUCGAUUACUAUUCCAUCCUCCAAGUGCCUCCCAAUCAGACUCAGAAUUUCGAGUUUAUAGCAGAUCAGUAUCGACGUUUUGCUCUGCUAUUGAACCCGCAGAAUAAUACCUUUCCGUUUUCGGAUCAGGCUUUUGGUCUCGUCGUUGAUGCUUUUUCGGUCCUUUCAGAUCCGAUGAGGAAGAGUAUGUAUGAUAAAGAAUUGGGGUUCUUUAUUAAUCUUUAUCCUGUUGCUGCUGCGUCUGCUGCGUCCGUACCGACGUCGGUGAGCUUCGUUCAGCAACAGCAGCAGCAACCACAGCAUAGUGGUAGUGCUUACGGUCAUAUGCAAGGGUCGAAUACUGCAGACCAACUGUUUGUUAAUAUGCCUAGCCAAGAUUCACAAGGGAGCUUCAGUAGAGAUCCGCAAACUGGAAUUUCUUCUAUGCCAAUGCCCGUGACAUUUAUGGGAAGCUCGGGUUCGGAGCAAGAACAACAGCAGCAGCAGCAACAACCACCUGUAAUGUCUAUGAGGCAACAACAAGCACAACAGCAGCAACAGCCACCAGUGAGUUCUCUUUCGUUUUCGAACAUUGAUGAACAGCCUGCUACAUUCUUGAAUUUGAACCAACCACAGCCGGUGAGUUCUGAGAGAAGCUUGAAUAGAGAAAACCCGCCACCAUUUGGUAUUGGGUUGAGCUCGACUCGAGGGAGAGAGCCUGAGGUGGUUUCUGUUGAGCAGCAGCGCGGGAAGCAACAGCCCCCGGAACGAAGAAAUGAGAAUGUGGUGGGGAAUAAUGAAAAUACUAGAGCUGCUAGUACUAGUAACAAUAAUGUGAAGGAGAAAGAAGGCAGAGUAGAUGGAUCAGAGAGUAGGAAUAUACCGAGUUUUUGGACUGCGUGUCCGUAUUGUUAUGUUAUGCAUGAGUACCCUUUGGAGUAUGUUGAUUGUACACUAAAGUGUCAAAAUUGUAGGAGGGCUUUUCAAGCUGUUAAGGUUGCUGCUCCGCCGAUUGUUGAUGGCAAAGAAGCUUAUUUCUGUUGUUGGGGGUUCAUGCCUUUAGGAUUUUCUGUGGAGAGUUAUCAGAGAAGUAGAAAUAAUGUCUCAAGCUGGUCUCCGUUUUCGCCCAUGUUUGCUGUUCCGAGCUCUGGGGUAAAUGAAGGGAGGAAAGCAAAUAAUCAUGCUGUUGGGGGACAGGGUAAUGUGAGUACCUAUGGCAAUUUGCAUAAUGCUGGUGGGUCGAGAAGUCGGGCUGGACGAAAGCAGUCUGCUCCAAGGAUGAUUUACAGUGAUGAUGAUGACGACGACGACGAUGUACUUGUUGACAUAUCGGAGGUACUUUCUGAUGAUGCUUGAUAUAUUGGAGGUCCUUUCUUAGAGAUACUACUCUAAGGUAGAGAAAGGUAAAUUCUUGAGGUAGUUAAGUAGUAGGAGAAGGAAAGAGAAUCAAGCCUUUCAUUUUCACUUCAAAAACUUAUCUUUUCAUUAGUUUUCUUUGAUUAUCGUGUCAAUAUCUAGUCUAGUUGGUUAAGGUACUUAGCUCUCAUCCUAGAGACCCGGGUUCAAGUCCCUGCAACGGGAGAACUCUUAACGACUUUCUUGAUCCGAGGGUAUUAUCGGAGACAACGUCUCCAACCUACAAAGGUAGGGUAAGGUCUGCUUAUACCCCACCUUCCCCAGACCCCAUGUGCGGGACUCUGCAGUGUAUGUGUUGUAUCGUGAUGAUAUGUUGUUAGCUUCUGUUGGCUUUAGUUAUUCUCUUAUGAAGUAAACUUUGUGAUUGAGGAGUAGAUGAAACUAAUCUGUAACUUAUUUCAUUAGCUCAAUACAAUUGGCUUCAAAGA